AUGUCAUUGCUCAAGGUCCCUGAAGGGCGUUGGUCAAACGUCCAACUGGAGGGCAUCGAUUUCCAGGAUGAAAAUUUCGCUUCGCUAGUCUGUUUUGAGGAAUACCUUCCUGAGGGCUUCGAACCAGAACCACAGCCAAAAAAGCAAAAGAAGAAGCAAAAGGUUGUGCAGCCGACCGCUUCGACCGAAGUGACUGAAGAGGAGUCAAAGGAAGAAUCAACAAGCGAAGAGAAACAAAAGAACAAGAAAAAGAAGCCGAAGAAAAAGAAAAGAAAGCUCGAUGGUGUGGAAGAAACUGAAGCGCCCAAAUCGAAGCAGCCGAAGCUGAAGAAACCAUCGUCCCUGGAAGGCACAAAAAUGGAGGCCGUUGACGUGGCUGUUGAAGAGGCGUUGGGAGAAGUGCCGGACCCGGAAGUUCAAGAUCCGGAAACAUCAGUAGCCGCAGUAAAUGGAUGGCAUGAAUUUUACCUACCGGAGGAGAUUGUUCGAUCAUUGGCGGAUAUGGGAUUUGAGACACCAACGGAAAUUCAAAGGCUUGUGCUCCCGAGCGCCGUUCGGGAUCGCCUCGAUAUCCUCGGCGCUGCUGAAACAGGAUCUGGAAAAACCCUUGCCUAUGCUAUCCCGGCGAUUUGCAGACUUUUGGAGGACGGCGAUGUAUCAGAUGACGAGAAGGUGGGCCCACGAGUGUUGAUCCUUGCGCCGACCCGUGAAUUGGUUGUUCAAGUGCGGAAACAAGUGGAUCUGUUGCUGAAGAAUACGAAAUUCAGGGCUAUGUCUAUCGUCGGCGGGUUGGCCCAGCAGAAGCAAGAGCGGCUCCUACGCAAUAAGCCUGAUAUAUUGGUUGCGACGCCGGGUCGUCUUUGGGCCCUGAUUGAAGAGUCUGACGCGUCCAAGUUCCUGGCGGAUAUGUCCAUGAUGCGAGCCUUGAUCAUCGAUGAGACCGAUCGUAUGGUUGAGAAGGGGCAUUUCGAAGAGCUCGAGCAUAUCUUGAAUCAUGUCAGAAAAUCGGCCACCGAAAAACUGCAAACAUUCGUUUUCUCGGCGACUCUGACCUACGUCCAUCCAGCCCAGAAGCGAGCCGACGAUAGCAAGAGCCGUGAUCUGACACCUGUCGAGAAAUUGAAGCGGCUGAUCGAGAUUACCGGUCUGCGUGACCAGCGUAAGGUGAUCGAUAUUACACGCGAAUUCGGAACGGCCGAGAAACUGGAUCUCACUGUCCUCUACUUAUUACACCGGUAUCGCGGCAGAACAUUGAUUUUUACCAACUCUAUUGAUGCUUCUCGACGUUUCUACGGAAUUCUGACAAAGCUGAAUUUCACGCCGGCACCGAUGCUUCUCCAUGCUCGCAUGCAACAGCGACAACGUCUGAAGAAUCUGGAGCGUUUUGCAGAAAAUCCUCACUCCGUUCUGCUCGCAACCGAUGUGGCGGCUCGUGGUCUCGAUAUCAAGGGCAUCGAGCACGUUAUUCACUACCAAGUCCCAAAAACAGCCGAGAUUUACAUUCAUCGGUCUGGUCGCACAGCACGAGCAUCGCAAACCGGACUGACCGUGUUGCUAGUGGAUGGCCAAGAUGCAGUAUUUUAUCGGCGGAUUUGUAAAAAUCUUAAUCGAGAAAAGGACCUACCCUUGUUCCCAAUCGACGCUCCGGAACUAUUCAGCGCGCUGCGCCCUCGGGUCAAGUUGGCUGCUGAACUGGACUCUAUCUUGCAUCGGCGGAAGAAGAUAAGAAGCAAGGAAAACUGGUUCAUCAAAGCAGCUGAAGAAGCGGAUUUGGAAUUGGACGAUCUAGGUUCUCGUGAAUCCGAGGCAAAUGAGAUCCAGAUCCAUGAACUGGCCAGGGAAGAAAAAUCGAAGCACUCCGAGUUGAGAGCGGCGCUAGCCCAACCAUUGCCUUCCAUCGAAAGAAAAUCUUCACUGAAAUCUCGCUACAUCACCCCGGAGCUGUCGAAAAUUUACGAAAAACAAGCGACUACUGAUGCGCUAGUCACUUUGCAAGAGGAAAAAACGGCGAGCGGCGACCAAAAGAAGAAGAAGCUCAUGCGCAAAUUGCUGAAUACGAGAGACGUCACACAUGUGAACAGGAAGAAUCGCAAGCACAAA